AUGAGCCUUGGGCUUAGAAUUUUCGGGCAACUGUGCAGGCAGCCUCUGCUACGCUUAUACAGUACAAAACUACCAACAGAGCUUGUAGUAUUUCAAGAUAAGGACAUGAUAAUCUGCUGGCAUCCUGAGCAGCCCUUUCCCUACGAAUACUCAAAACCUAUACCUAUCAAGGAACCAGAGCCAGAAAGCGUAUUGAAGGUAGGAGAGAAAGAAGUAAAAGCAUUGUUCAGGAAGCCCAGAGAACAGUUAGUUCCUGAAGAACUUGCCAGGAUANAAAAAAAAAAAAUCUGUGUCCAAGUUUGUGAACCUUAUAACUGA